AUGAGGACCUUACAUUUUAGUCAAGAAGAGAAGAUCCAGCGCUUCCCUGCAAACAAAUCUAGCCGCAACCUGCAGGAUGACCUGAACGACUUCCUGGCCCUCAUCCCCCUCGACGAAAUCGCCAACAUCGUCCUCAACUACGUCGCCAACGGCGCUGAAGUGCAGGCCGCCCUUCAGUACCUCGUGUCUGAGGAGUUUGAGAGCAUUGUCGUCUUUGGCGACCACCAGCCUGAGCUGUACAAUUCCUCCGAUAUGAAACCCGCCAACCAAAUGAGGAGCAGCAGCAGGAGCCUCAAGUCCACGCUCAAUGAGAUCCUCGCCAUCGUCCCAGUUGACGAGUUCAAGGCUCUCUACUAUGAGACGGUGCAGACCAGCGCCGACAUUGCUGAACUUAUCAACAGGCCCAGUUCAGGCGAGUUCCGAGUAAGCAGUAAUCCUUUCAUACCUACUGUAUGGCUUUAA